GGGGUCGGCAGGCUGUAUCUGUAGCUCCAUCCAGCCCGCAGGAGGGGAGAUCGGGUCUCAGGAAGGGAAUGAAGCUGAGGAAGAGAGAGGAGCCGCUCCCGGGGCCAGCGGUGGCUCUGUUCCUUCUCCUCUAUGUCUCGGGGAUGAGAGCAGAAAUCGCUCGGUAUUCUGUGCCCGAAGAGGCGGAGAGAGGCUCCUUCGUGGCGAAUAUCGCUAAGGAUUUGGGACUGACCGGUGCGGAAUUAUCGGCUCGUCAGGCUCGACUCGUUCCUGAUGGAGAAAAGGAGUAUUUACAGCUGAACAAGCACACUGGGGAUUUGGUGGUGAGAGAGCAGAUGGACCGGGAGGAGCUGUGCGGACAGAGUGAGCCUUGCCUGAUGCGUUUCGAGGUGCUGCUGGAGAGCCCAUUGCAGUCCUUCCGAGCUGAGGUAAGACUCACCGACAUUAAUGAUCAUGCUCCUGUGUUCUUAAAUAAAGAGAUAGUUUUAAGGAUCCCGGAAUCUGCAAUGCCAGAGACUCGAUUUUUGUUGGAAAGCGCUCAGGAUCCAGAUGUGGGGAACAAUAGUCUUCAGCAUUAUAGUAUCAGCUCGAACGAAUAUUUCCAUGUCUACACCGGGCGGCGAAAUGAUGGCAGGAGAUACGCCGAGCUGGUGUUGGAUCGAGCCCUGGACAGGGAGCAUCAGGCAGAAGUUGCUUUCAGUAUCACAGCUGUGGAUGGUGGGACUCCACCGCGUUCUGGUACAGCCUUAAUCCGCGUGGUAGUCCUGGAUAUAAAUGACAAUAUUCCGGUAUUUACUCGGAGUCUGUAUAAAGUCCCCAUUAGGGAAAAUAGCUCCCAGGACACCUUAGUGGUGGUGGUGUCUGCUAGCGAUUUAGACUCAGGAACGAACGGGGAAAUAGCUUAUUCCAUAUUUCAAAAUUCAGAGGAAAAUCUACAGACGUUUAAAAUAAACCCAGGGACAGGCCAGAUUCGACUCAAAAAGCCUUUGGAUUAUGAAGAAACAAAGACCUAUGAGAUAGACGUCCAGGCAACAGAUGGAGGGGGCCUGUCCACGCACUGCAAGGUGGAGGUGCAGGUAGAGGACGUGAACGACAACGCCCCCGAGGUGAUCAUCACCUCCCUCACCAGCACCCUCUCAGAAGCCGCCCCGCAGAACACCGUGGUGGCCCUCUUCAACGUGCGGGACCGGGACUCGGGGGACAACGGCAGGACGACCUGCGAGCUGGCAGGUGAGCAACCUUUCGGCAUCUCGCUGCUGGCGUCCAACGCGUAUGCGCUGGUGACAUCGGGGGUGCUGGACAGGGAACAGGUGUCAGAGUAUAACGUGACCGUGCGAGCCCGUGACGGAGGUUCCCCCGCGCUUUCGGCGUCCAAGACACUGUUCGUGCGGCUCUUGGAUGUGAACGACAAUGCGCCCAUCUUCGCCCAGGAAAUUUACACCAUGGCGAUGAGUGAAAACGAGCCCGCGGGGACGAGCCUGGGCCGCCUGAGAGCCACAGACGCUGACGCGGGAGAAAAUGCACGUGUGAGAUAUGCAAUAGAAGCACCUCCAGCGGGCACACCCGCCGCGGCGUCGUUCGUGUCCGUGGAUGCAGAGAGUGGAACCGUCCGGACAUUGCGUCCACUGGACUAUGAGAAGGUGCAUGCAUUCGAGCUGGUAGUGUGCGCCACUGACGGCGGCUCACCACCGCUGAGCACCCAGGCGCUGCUGCGCAUCGUAGUGCAGGACCAGAAUGAUAACACGCCCGUGGUGCUGCACCCGCCCCCCGACAGCAGCGUGGCCGGAGAGCUGGUGCCGCGCUGGGCACCUUCGGGCUACCUGGUGGCCAAGGUGGUGGCGGUGGACGCGGACGCGGGGCAGAAUGCGUGGCUGUCGUACGAGCUGGCCAAGGCCACGGAGCCGGGGCUGUUCCGCGUGGGGCUGCACAGCGGCGAGGUGCGCACGGCGCGGGCCGUGACGGAGAGGGACGCGCCCCGGCAGAGGCUCGUUGUGUUGGUGCGGGACCGCGGGCAGCCACCGCGCUCUGCCACCGCCAGCCUCACCGUCGCACUGGUGCACGACUUCUCCGACGCCUUCCUGCAGCUCGACAACGAUCCUGGGAGCAGGCAGCAGCCGCAGGGGUCUGAGGAGGAUCUACUCACCACCUACCUCAUUGCCUCCCUGGGCUGCGUCUCGUCGCUCUUCGCCCUGUCUGUCAUCGCCUUGGCGACAGCCAAGCUGUGCAAGGCUCGCCUCCGGGCACACCUUUCACCUCCCUCUGCCAAUUGCUACGCGGAUGGAGAUUUCGCCAGCGACGCCGUAGACGUGGGUGGGAUGGGCACUCUGUCACCGGCUUACCGCUACGAGGUGUGCCUGACCACCGGCUCGGGGAGAAGCGAAUUUCAGUUCUUGAGGCCCGUCCUGCUCAGCCCUCAAAGCAGCACUGAGACGGGGUCGGACAAGAACGAAGAUUUACUCUGCAGCUCGCAGCCCGCUGGCGAGAGGGAAGCCGAUGCGGGCAGUACAGCCGCUUCUCUCUUUCAGCCUCCAGACUGGCCGGUCGGUGGGCGCGUCCAUGACUGAGCCGACCUGGGAGGAACCUUCCCUUCCCCGUCCUCAACCUGACAUUUCCCCGUAUCUGUAGUGCCAUUCCCUGAUGUUACAGGCAUGCUGGACCUGUGGAAGAGUCUUGCCGGUUUCUCCGUCCAUGGAAGGCGGCUCAGUCCCUCCGGACAAAGCCUCCGCCCCACGCUACCCUAAGAAAUGCCUUGUACCGCUUUUACCGCUGCAUUCCUCGAAGGGCACCUAUGGUUAGACGAGCGCGCCCUCCGGGCCGCGGGCUGCGGACAGUGAGGAGCGGGGACAGACCCGGUGCAGCUGCCGGCUCUUCUUGUGCACUGGAACUCCCCUAAGGGCUCCCGCCGCUCCUCUCGGGCAUUUUUAUCCCACGUUUCAUGUUGCG